CCUUUUAUUCGAUGGAAGAACUAAUAGUUUGCAAUCCCUCCAUAACUUAAAGGCCGAAAGAGAUCGUGCGACUGCGUGUGGAAACAUGUUGGGGGAGGGAGGAAAUUUGCGAUCGAGGGUUGGCAGUUGUCGCGGUCGGGAUAAGGGAACGAUUCAGAGUUUUGGUCAAUCAAGUAAUAAGUGUCAAGCGCAGCCUCUUUCAGCCUUUCCCCAUAAACAACAUCGAAUCCAGCGCCUGGGUAUCAUUGGUUGAUGUUGGCUCAGCGUGUCAUAUUAUGAUACAGCUACUAGAUGUAUCACUACUCUCAAUCAGGCAUACUUCGACGACCAUCUUAGUUCUCCUCUUCUUUUCAGUUUGUACUGCAGGGAAUCGGAUAGUUUUGAGACUCUGGAUAUUCAUAGUUCUUCCAUUUCUUAGAUCAAUGGGCCGCCUUGUCUAUCAAUUACAAUUCCUCGCAGCAGGCUUUAGUUCUCGGCAUCCUUCGCAGGUAUCAAAUAUAGACGCUAGUUGUCGAGUAUGCUAUGUGAGAAGUAUGGAAUCCGUCAAGUAUGUAAUUUUCAUGCGUAUCAUGCCGGAAUCCUUGCUGUUUGCCUAG